GACCAGCUUCCUAUAUGACAAGUGCGGUAGACCGCCAUCAUGUGGUCAGCUCGUCAGCCACGUAGAUAUGGCCGUGUGCAUUAUAGGACAAACAUGGUGGGUCAGAUAUCAUGUUGUCUGGCGUAUGAUAUUCCGUGCCGGUGUAGCGCUUGGAAAGUCAUACACGCUUUUUAUACCCGCCUUCAGUUGACUGAGUGGUGGGAGAACCUGGACAACGAGAUCCCACAAUGACUUCACGCGCAUUUCCAACUAUAACUGCCGUCAAGACUUAUCUAAUUGGCGGAGAAGGAGACGGUGCGGAUUAUCACGAUCAAAAGCGAGGACACUGGAUUAUAGACAGUCCAAUUUCCAAUCCAAUGUCGCGCUACACACAGUACAAGACCUCUCGAGUUCAAUGGGGAAUCAAUGUCUUGGGAACGUUUUGUGUAGAAAUCCACGCGUCUGAUGGUACAACUGGGUUUGCGACAGGGCUUGGUGGUCCACCUGGAUGUUGGAUCGUCCAACAGCACUUCAAGCGCUUCCUCAUAGGAGCCGAUCCUCGCGACACGAAUAUGCUUUGGGACCAGAUGUACAAAUCCUCGUUAUUCUACGGACGCAAAGGUCUCCCUAUUGCAGCCAUCUCUUGCGUUGACCUGGCACUCUGGGACCUGCUCGGAAAAAUCCGUGGAGAGCCCGUUUAUAAGCUCAUCGGCGGAAGGACGAAGGAUUACCUGAGCUUAUACUCUACCGGGCCGCUCCCUGCAGAGGCCAAGAAGCUCGGGUUUUGGGGAGGAAAGGUUCCCUUGCCGUACGGUCCCGAUGAGGUGGACGGUUUGCGGAAGAACUAUGAGUUUUUGGCCGAUCACCGCAAACAAAUCGGUCCAGAUUUUCCCUUGAUGGUGGAUUGUUAUAUGAGCUUAAAUGUACAGUAUGCUAUAGAAUUGGCGACAAAAUGUUUGUCGCUGAACAUCAACUGGUGGGAAGAAGUUUUACACCCGGACGAUGAAGACGGGUUCAAGCGGCUCAAAGCAGCCCUUCCUCAGGUCAAAUGGACGACGGGAGAGCAUGAAUACACGCGUUAUGGAUUCCGAAAACUCCUCGAGACGCAUUCCAUUGAUAUUCUCCAGCCCGACGUCACCUGGGUUGGCGGCCUCACAGAGCUAUUAAAGAUCAGUGCGCAUGCUGCAGCAUACGACGUCCCCGUUGUACCGCAUGCAUCGAGUAGUUACAGCUAUCACUUCGCACUGAGUCAAACAAAUGCACCGUUUGCUGAAAUUGUGUGUAAUGCUCCAGACGGCAAGUCCGUCCAGCCUAGUUUUGGCAAGUUGUUCUUGAACGAACCUCUUCCUGAGAAUGGGCGUAUUGAGGUGUCUGCUUUCGACCGUCCUGGGUUCGGGUUGGAAUUGAACCCGGAUGUCAAACUCAUCGAUGCCGAGCAAGCACUCAUGAUGGGGACGGGAACUCAUUGAACAACUAGACAUUUGAUGAACACAAGAGUUGAAAUGUAGUAAUACGUGCUUGCUUUUCUGGUCUGGGUAGAAAUCUUUUUGCUUUUUUUACGGUACAAUGCUCAGCAAUCAAUAAGCUUCA